AUGACCGACCACCUCGAGAAGGCCAUUCUGGCAUCGCACGAGUCGAAUGGGGAUGAACUUUCGCCAUCCGAGGAAAAGAAAAUUAUUCGAAAAAUUGAUCGCCGCUUGAUCACUGCACUCGGACUCAUGUUUGCGGUGUCUUUGAUGGACCGAACUAACCUUGCCUCUGCAAAUAUUGCUGGAAUGGCUAAGGAGCUCGAACUGGAUCAAGGAUUUCGCUAUUCACUGAGCAUCAUUAUGUUUUUUGUUCCGCAUGUUAUGUGCCAAUGGCCCAGUGCUAUCCUUGUGCAGAAAGUAGGCCCUCGUAUCUUUCUACCGGGUGCUGUGCUCCUAUGGGGAAUUAUAAUGCUCUGUUUUGGCUUCGUAAAAAACUGGAAACAGCUUGUUGCCCUUCGAGUACUUGUUGGCAUUUUUGAGGCCGGAUUGCUUCCUGGAACGAUUCUUCUCUUGCAAAUGUGGUACCGCCGCUAUGACGUACAUAAACGAUAUGCGUCUUUCUAUUUGAUCAGUCUAGCAGGUUCCUCCUUUUCAGGCGUUCUUGCCUAUGGAUUUAUGCAGAUGAAUGGCAUUGGAGGUUUGUCGGGGUGGAGGUACAUUUUUAUCUGGGAGGGGGUUCUGACGUGUUUAAUUGGGAUAAUUGGUGCAUUAUUGAUUGUCGACUUCCCCCAGAAAGCGCAAAAUAGUUGGAAGUUCCUCAGUCCCCAAGAGAUCAAACACAUCAUUCGAAUCCUCGAAAACGACCGACCGGACGUUAAAGAAGAGCCGUUCAGCUUGCGCCGCUUUUUGACGCCUGCGCUGGAUCUGAAGAUUUGGGUGUAUUGUUUCAUUUUCUAUGCUAACACAGUAAUUGCGUAUGCGAUAGCGUUCUUUUUACCAAUUAUUCUAAACAAAGAAAUGGGAUUCGACGUCGGUAUAUCACAAGUGCUCAGCACUCCGCCUUAUUUGUUUGCUGCAGCAUUCAUGUUCUUCGAGGGCUGGCUGGGGGAUAAAUACCGCUCUCGGGGUCCUUUGAUUAUAUGGAACUGUCUGCAGAGUAUUUGCGGCUUGUGUCUUAUGGCCUGGACCAACUCAUCGGGGAUCCAGUACUUCGGUGUUUUUCUUGUCACUGCAGCUUCACAAAGUUCGCUCCCUUGCGUGAUGGCAUGGCAGGCAAACAAUAUCUGUGGGCAAUGGAAGCGAUCUUUUUCAAGUGCCAGCAUGGUGAUAUUUGGUGGCACAGGCGGCAUUACGGGCGCAUUGGUCUUUAGAUCUCAGGAUGCUCCGAAAUAUCUUCCUGGCAUAUAUGCUUGCCUGACGUGA